CCGCGAACUUAAAACUCAUCCAAAUGGUCAAGACGUUACGUAACUUGCUUGGCAAGACGACCCACAUACUCGCACGCUUUCUUCGCUCGCAUUUCACGUUUAGCUUGGUUCGUAUUUGGACUUAUGGACACUCUCUGACGUCGUCACAGAGCAUGGCAAGCAGCAGCAGCACAGUCAGACAGACAGUUACCACCACGGUGCAGCAGAACCCUUCACUGGACAACAAUCUUGAUGCUCUGCUGGAGGACUUACAAACCAGUGUGUCACGACCACCUUCAUCUGCAGCAGUGAACGGCAUCACAAUUCCUGGCAGUACCCAAACAUAUCGUGAAGUCACUACCAGAACCAUACAGCAUGAUGGAGCGCCUGGAUACCAGGUGCAAUACCUGUCUGCAGCAAACCCAACAACAGUUGUUUCUGAAAGAGCUUCCAGUCCAGGAGUGGAGUUGCUGCAACAGCAGCAGCAAGGUGGAGGCAGUAUGACAACUUAUAAGACUUUGUCUUACAAGUAUAACACAAGCACCAACACCACCCAACCAAUAUCAGGGCUGCUUGUAGAUGGCAGCAGUGUGUCAUCAUCAGACCCUACAUCUGAUGCUCGACUGCAACAGAAUCUUAAUGAGCUGGACAGCCUGUUGGUAGACUUGCACCAAGCACAGAAAGCAGGCUUUGGCACAGACCAAGGUGGUGUUGUUUCUACAAGUGUAACCAGCACUCAGAAUAUUGAUCAAGGACUGCUGGAGCCUGUUGACCACAGCACACCCACACGCCAGCAUGCUCAGCAAGUGACACGUGUUGUCCAGCAGCGAACCUACACAGAUGUGGGGGGCACCAGUCCCUCUCCAGGUCGUUACCAGAACGAGCCACCUUCAAGCCCUCGGCUCCAACCAAAGCGUUCUUCGUCUACACAACGUGAACUCAUGUAUGGCACUGUUGAUACUCAGCAUCGCCCUGCCCGCUCUCCCUCCCCCAUGAGACACCCUGAUCCUUCUCCUAGGGUAGCCCAUCGAUCUGUGGUACAGAAGGAUACUUACUAUGAAUCAAAGGGUAGCAGCACCCCAAAACAAGAGCGCUAUCGAGACAAAUCACCAACAAACCGUCGUCUGCAAAAGGAGCUGUACUAUGAGACCUCUAAAUCUUCCACACCAAUUCCCCCAUCUCCACAACAUGAUCGCUAUAGAGAGACCUCUCCCCCAUCACAGAGAAGAGGAACUUCACCAGUUAGGCCUCUAAAUCAGAGCCCACCUGAUCUAUACACAGGCCAGCCAGCUGGGUCAUCCAGCAGGAUCACAACUGUUCGUACAUAUAAUUACAACAAUACUGGAAAUUCUGGUCCUUCACCAGUGCCUCCUGUAUCACAUUCUACUGCACCACUGCCAUGCCCUACUCCAAGAUAUACCGACCACAGCACUCAAGUUGUAGAGCUGACUCCAUCACCUUCACCUGUCAUCAACUAUAGUCCAGCCCCACAAACCUCAUCAGGAACAAAGGUUACCACCACAGUAAGAACAUAUACAUAUGAGCAUCCUGGUCAGCCAGGAAUAAAUCAUACAUAUCCACCUGGAACAAAUCAGUCAUAUCAAACAGGAACAGCCCCACAAUAUCUGCCGGGAACAAACCAACCACACCCACCUGGAACAGUCCAAUCAUAUUCUGAAAAUUACAGCCCUACAGAGCAUCCCAGUGAGCGCACAUUGACAUACCAAGUGUCACCCCGAGAGAAGGAGCCCCUGACUGAACCACCCCCAACUGUCAUCACCUACAAAUAUUCCAGCCACUCAUCACACAGUACCAGCUCCAAGUUUCCAACACAACCAGAGGAACAGCAACCCUUAUUGCCACGACCCUUCCCCACCCCUUCACCCACGCCAGCACCCAAUACCAACAGCCAGCCACCGAAGAGACUAGAUGACCUCAUGGCCUCCUUCUCAGACACUGAGUCAACACAUCAUUAUCCCACCGAGAAACAUACACAUCAGUCACCACCACCCUAUGCAGAAGGCAUUAAUGGAGUUGCCGUAGUGACACCUACACCAAAUGCUACUGCUAAAACUGCUUUGUCAGCUGCAGUCACAACAUCAGCAGCAGUAAAAGAUAGGCCAAAAACAAAGAACAUCACUGGGCCACCAGUCUACUACCCACCUGGGGUGGAGUUAUUUGCCAAGAAAGAGGAAUCUUUGGCAACACAGGGAAAGAAGGAAAGUGGUCGAUAUGAGUAUGAAUAUGGAAAAGAUAGCAAGAGCAAGAGUAGUAGCUCAGGUGGGGCAGCUGUUGUGCCUGUUUGCUUGCCUCUGUGCUGUGCCAUGCCUUGUGUCAUCAUGUGAGCUCUAUGAUAUAAGCACAGAAAUAUAAUGAAUCUGGCAUCAUACACAAUA